CCGCAUCCCCGCCUCCGAAGCACCAUCCCAUUCGCACCCGCCUCCAUAGGGAAUCAAUCUCUCUGCCGCCGCCGCCAUGCUCCGCCUCCAUGGCUGCAUCCUCGUGCGGCUCCUCUCUUCCCCCGCCACCUCUCAGGGCCCCCCUCUCCACCGCCCCCUCUCCGCGGCCGCCGCGCCCGGCGUUUCCCCAAACCCUAGCUUGGUCGUCGACGACUACCUCGUCUCCACCUGCGGCCUCACCCGACCCCAGGCACUCAAGGCCUCCGCCAAGCUCUCCCACCUCAAGUCCCCGUCCAAGCCCGACGUCGUCCUCGCCUUCCUCGCCGGCCUCGGCCUCUGCGGCGCCGACGUCGCCGCCCUCGUCGCCAAGGACCCGCUGUUCCUCUGCGCCAAAGUAGAGAAAACUCUAGCCCCCGUCGUCGUUGGGCUCACCGGCCUCGGCCUCUCGCGUACUGAGAUCGUGCGCCUCGUCGCGCUCUCCUUCGCCCACUUCUGUUCUAGGUCCAUUGUUUCCAAGUUGCGGUACUACCUGCUCCUAUUCGGCUCCUCGGAGAACCUCUUCCGGGUGCUCAAGCAAGGCUACCUCGCCGGCGCUGACAUCGAGGGGAUGGUCAAACCCAACGUCGCGCUCCUACGGCAAUGCGGGCUAGAUGAUUGCAAUAUCACCAAGUUGUCCCUCCGUGCGCGGGGUGUCCUGAGCAAUAAGCCAGAACGCGUCCGGGCGAUGGUGGCAUGCGCCGAAGGCCUUGGCAUGCCUCGUGGCUCGGGGAUGUUCAGGCACACGUUGGAUGCUGUCAGAUUCCUCAGCAAGGAGAAGAUCGCCGCCAAAGUGGCCUACUUGAAUAAGAUGUUCAGGUGGUCAGACGCUGAGGUGAGCAUUGUUGUGCGUAACGCUCUGUGUCUGCUGAGGAAGUCAAAGGAAUUACUGCAGCGCAGGUCUGAUUUCCUCAUCUCUGAGGUGGGGUUGGAACCUACCUACAUUGCUCAACGGUCAGUAAUUAUCAAUUACAAGCUGGAGGGCUGGAUCAAACCCAGGUACUACGUUGUAAAGUUUCUCAUGGAAAAUGGAUUGCUCAAGUGCAACCCAGGCUACUGCUAUACCGCUUUCAAGGUGAGAGAGAAGGUAUUCAUGGAGAAGUUCAUUUCCCCUCACACGGAAGUUGCGCCGCACCUCGCCGAAGACUAUGCAACAGCUUGUGAAGGGGUAGUGCCGGCUAGAUUCAGAUUUACAUGAACCAAGGACUGGGUUCUCACCAUGCCUGCGAAGCUGGUAAUUCACAUUAGUGCUUUUUGCCUAAAUAAAUGUUGGGUUUCUGCUGUAUUAUGUCUGCCACAUGCUGGUUUGGUUGUUGCCAAUGCCUAAGGAAACUGAUAAUUUAGUUCCUGAGCCUUCAGGUGUUAAUGUUGUCAUUAGGUAGACAAGAAAGCAUCGCUUACAAUCUCUGAAAUGAGAGCCAUGAAUAUAUUUGUCUUUCCGACAUCCAUUUAGGAUAAUGGAAACUGAAUAUGUGGGUAGACCAAUUUUCUUUUGAAACCAGAACCCAUGAACCAGAAAACAAAA